UUCGUUGAAUUCGAUUGGAUCGAAUCGCAUGCUCAUACUGCGAAAAUUAUGAAGUCUUCUACAAAUUCUGGAUAUGUUCGAGAAGACAUUAAGGGAACAAGAAUUUCUGAUGACUUUGAUAUAUUUCAAACGGAAGUCAUGAGCACUCCAUAUAAUGCAACCGAGAAACAUAUAAGUGAUGCGAAGAAAACCAUGCGAACGGAUAUUCUAAAUUUGAUCACGAUGCUACAAAAUCUCCUUGAUUGUAGCAUAAGUUUUGCAACAAAGAUUAAUAUGUAUAAUAUGCAAUCCAUCAGUGAGUAG